AUUAAUGAAUUGCAAAUAGUAGCUAAAUAUCCUGAUAAAGUCUUUGUAGAAGAGAUAUUAAACUAUAAAGUUUUAUCUACAAAUGAGUUUGAUAAUUUAAUAAAUAGAAUUGGAUAUGAAUUAGUAAAAGCAUUAGAU